UCACGCAUUCUCCUCUUAUUAUUAUCUUCAACAUUACAAGUUCAACCAGACGAUCAAUCUCGUGCGGGCAGUGAUCUGAUGGGAUACACUUCAACCCGUCGUCGUUCUGGCUCGGUGGCAGGUCGUGUUCCUGGUCCUUCGGAGCCACGCGGUCGUGCCAUUACUUCAAAAGGAAAACUAAAGGCUCGAUCUUCGAACAAAAAUGACGAGGGAGAUUUGUUGAAUUUUCCAGGACCCUCCCCCCGGCCCUUGCACUCAACUCGGAGCAGCGACGAAUAUCCGGAUUGGCGAGAUCAUCAUGACACGGAGGAAGAAAGCGCUGGACUACUUCCCCAUAACGAAAGCGUUCCCAAAACCGCCAAGAAGAGCCGGGGCCCAGAGGAUUGUGCAAAGCGGCGCACUCACGACAAGACGAAUUGGAUAGAGGCGAUCUCGAACGCUGUUAGAGGUUGUAGUCCUGGCGAAUCUAGGACAAUUCCAAUGAAUCCGCCCGAGGCCUUCAAGUCGAGAUUUCCUCCGAACAUUGUCAGAAACCAAAAGUACAACUUCAUCACAUUCGUGCCAUUGGUGCUAUAUGAACAAUUCAAAUUUUUCUUCAACUUGUAUUUUCUCGCUGUGGCUAUGUCCCAAUUUGUACCAUCAUUGAAGAUAGGACUACUUAUGACCUACGUUGCACCGCUCGCCUUUGUUCUCGUAAUCACCACUGGGAAGGAAGCGUAUGAUGACUAUCUGAGAUAUCAAAGAGACUCAAUCGCGAAUUCCACACGCUACCAAAUUCUCGACUGGUCCUCUCGAUCGGCUGUAUCAUCAUCUUCUGCAAACUCGCAUCAUGCUACUACUCUCAACAAUCCCGGGGGUGUCAAUCCGGCUGCCACAUUCUUACCCAUCCGCACAAUCCCUUCAUCUAGCAUUCGCGUUGGUGACAUAGUGUUGCUUGACAAAAACAUGCGUGUACCAGCCGAUUUAGUACUUCUUCGCACAUCCGAUUCUGACUCAGGUUCAUGUUUCAUCCGCACUGACCAACUGGAUGGAGAAACAGAUUGGAAGUUGAAAGUGGCCCUCGAACUCACUCAGAAUCUACCGAACGGAGACGCCGACUUGUUACAAUUGGAUGGCGAAUACGACAAAGACAGUUUUCUAUCAGAUAACAUUCACAAUCGACCUUCUGGUCUUGGUAAGAAGAUCGAAAUCUUUGCCGAUAAACCGAAUAUGGACAUACACACUUUUGUCGGUACCUUGAUUGUUCACGACAUCACUCAAGAUGCGGGAAGUGACGCUUCCCCAAACUCAAAAGAUGCCACCCUAGGAGACAACCUGGACCCUGUACGUGAUUCAAUAGAUGAUAUCGAAAUCAACUCUUUGAACGAAAUUCUACCGGCUCUUCAUUCAUCCCCUCCACAAAUCACCACUACUAAGUUUCCUAUCACCUGUGAGAACAUCUUAUGGGCAGAUACUGUCCUGGCUGCUGGACAAGCCAUCGGAAUGGUCAUCUACACCGGUACCGAAACAAGGGCCGUGAUGAACACUUCAUACCCCAAAACAAAAACAAGCCUUUUGGAUCUCGAGAUCAAUCAGCUGGCCAAGAUCUUGUGCGUGGUGACCUUAUCUCUAUCGAUAGCCUUGGUAGCUUUCAACGGGUUCCGUGGCCCAUGGUGGGUAUACGUCACCAGAUUCUUGAUCCUAUUCAGCUCAAUCAUACCUAUUUCACUGCGGGUGAAUUUGGAUAUGGGCAAAACUGUUUAUGCUCAUCAAAUUGAAUCUGAUGCGGAGAUACCGGGUACAAUAGUACGGACUAGUACCCUUCCUGAGGAGCUAGGUCGAAUUGAAUAUCUCCUAUCCGACAAAACUGGCACAUUGACCCAGAACGAAAUGGAAUUGAAGAAGUUACAUAUGGGGACUAUGGCCUACGCUCUUGAUACAAUGGACGAAGUUGCUCUUCAGUUGGCCACUGCCUUUGGGGCUGAUCCUGCGAUGGUCACUACGCAAUCCGGUGGAGGCUCGCUACCUACUGGCGCUAGUUUGGCUUUAAGAGGCAGACGUGAUAUGACGUCAAGAGUGAGGGACGUUAUCCUUGGAUUAGCUCUCUGCCAUAACGUCACGCCUGUCACCAACGACGACGGAUCAGUAACAUAUCAAGCCUCUUCGCCAGACGAAGUUGCAAUUGUUUCUUACACCGAGUCCGUCGGAUUAAAGUUGAUCACCAGAGAUCGUACUAAAAUGACGCUGCAAACCACCGCAGGAUCAGUUUUCAAAUAUGACAUUCUAGACAUAUUUCCUUUUACAUCAGAGUCGAAACGGAUGGGAAUUAUCAUCAAGGACAUGCACUCAAAUGAAAUUGUCUUUUAUCAAAAGGGUGCAGAUACAAUCAUGUCAAAAAUUGUGCAGUCUAAUGAUUGGCUUGAGGAAGAAUGUGAUAAUAUGUCUCGGGAAGGACUGCGGACGUUGGUAAUGGCUAAGAAGAGGCUGUCCCUUGAGAAGUAUCAAAAGUUUGCUCAAAGGUAUUUAAACGCACGUGUAAAUACUUCGGAAGGUCGAAAUGAACUUAUUAACCAGGUUGUCAGCGAAGAAUUAGAACAUGAUCUUGAAUUACUUGGGGUGACUGGAGUCGAAGACAAGCUCCAAGACGAUGUGAAGGGAACUUUGGAACUACUUCGCAAUGCCGGUCUUAAGAUAUGGAUGUUGACGGGUGAUAAAAUCGAGACGGCCACAUGCAUCGCGAUCUCGAGUAAACUUGUCUCGAGAGGACAAUAUAUCCACCAGGUUUCCAAACUCCAAUCACCUGAUCUCGUGAAACGAGAGUUGGAAUUUCUUCAACAAAAGCAAGAUUGCUGUCUCGUGAUCGAUGGUGAAUCCCUGCAAACCUCGUUAACCUACUUUCAGAACGAGUUCAUUGAGGUGGCGACAAAGCUUCCUGUUGUUGUAGCAUGUCGUUGCUCUCCCACGCAGAAAGCAGAUAUUGCGAAAUUAAUUCGGUCACGCACUAGGAAACGAGUGUGCUGUAUCGGCGAUGGUGGUAACGACGUUAGUAUGAUUCAAGCUGCAGACGUUGGAAUUGGAAUCGUUGGCAAGGAAGGGAAACAAGCAUCGCUAGCUGCAGAUUUUUCAAUCAAUCAGUUUAGUUACCUAACCAAGUUAUUGGUUUGGCACGGUCGCAACUCUUACAAGCGGUCUGCCAAAUUGGCGCAAUUCGUGAUUCAUCGUGGUCUGAUCAUAUCUGUGAUUCAAGCCGUUUUCUCUUCAGUUCUGUACUUUGCCCCAGUUGCUAUCUACCAAGGCUGGCUCAUGAUGGGGUACGCAACGUGCUACACCAUGGCACCUGUCUUUUCCUUAGUACUUGAUCGAGACGUGAAUGAAGAUGUGGCGUUACUGUAUCCAGAAUUGUACAAGGAACUCACUAAGGGUCGCUCGCUGUCGUACAAAAGUUUCUUUACGUAUUUCAUGUCAGCGGUUUUUCAAGGAGGAGCAAUUAUGAUCCUAAGUUUGGUGAUGUUUGAAAAUGAGUUCAUCAAUAUCGUUGCCAUCUCCUUUACGUCAUUGAUUUUGACCGAGCUCUUGAUGGUCGCUUUGGAAAUCACGACCUGGCACCGCUAUAUGAUCGUUGCGGAAGUUACCACUUUGCUAUUGUAUCUCAUCAGUAUGGCGUUCUUACCGGAAUACUUUAACCUGUCAUUCGUAUUAACGGUUUCAUUCCUUUGGAGAGUUUCGCUGAUCACAGCUGUUAGCUCGGUUCCGCUUUACAUUGCUAAAGCUCUUCGUAGUUAUUUCGCACCAGCUUCAUAUGCCAAACUACGGCAUUACUGAUGCCACAUCACCCUGGCAAGCGGAGCAUCUCAUACAAUAUCUUGGUAGUGUUCUUGGGGAACUGCUGAGCUACCAGCAUUGGUUAUGUAUCAAAUAUUUUGGCUUUCUACCUUUCAGCCACAUUAUUAUAGCAAUGUAAAAUAAAUCCUAUCAAAUAUGGUGAUACACCUUGUCGAAGAACUAUUUGAACCGCCUCACGUUGAAUUUUUACCAAAAUAAUGUAAUGGCCAGAUGGUGAAAAGUAGGGAUAGAAACACUUGACAUUGUCACCCUAAUCUCACCCUCACCUGGCAAAAGAUUAAUAUAUGCUUUGCGUCCAAGU